CUCUUGCCCAACCUGUUGACGUUAGGUAAAAACAGUCCUCUCUCUCAGUGGAUUCAGACCUCAGUGACUCCAUCGCUUUCCACUGUUGCUCAUCUUGUGCUCUUCCUGUUACUUUUGGCUGGCAGAGAUAUGGGUAUGGAUAUCAUCAGCAGAGGAGGUGCAUGACUUCCCGAUAAGAGGCCGCCGACGCUCCAAACGUAGAGUUCAUCGCAACGCUUCCAGCCAAACUUCAAAUCAAUCACUUUUGGAGUGGGAUUUAGAGGUGGAAUCUGAGAAGUGUUUAAAACUCGCAUCUCAAAGGGAAAAAGGAGAAAAGACUUUCUGUAUCAAAGGGCAAUAAAAGAACAGGACUGAAUCCCCAUGUGGACUAUGAACAUGGCCUUACUGACUGAGAAAUCCAUUUUCCCCCUCCUCCUCCUCUUCUACGUCCCUCUCACCUGUCUAUGCCAGUCUAGCAACAGCAGCUCAGUUAAUACCAUAACCAACACCCCAACUGCUUCCUCUCCUUCAAAUGUUACUUCCCUGAUAGGCGUGGCCGGCUGCGGCACAGGACUGAACCCAAUCUAUAGGUACCUGUGUGACCGUCGGUCAGCAUGGGGUAUUGUACUGGAGACCCUGGCCUCUUCAGGCUUCUUGUUCAGCAUGGUUCUCCUAGUAGGCCUGCUGCUCUGGUCCCUGUGGAUCUGUGUUUCAUCAAGGCAACGCAGCAGCAUCGGAAGCACAGUGACCAGCAUGUCCAUGUUCUUGUUGGCCACAGCUGGGAUCUUCGCCAUCACCUUCUCCUUCAUCAUCCGCCUCACCCCUCAGACCUGCCCCACCAGGCUCUUCCUCUUCGGCGUGCUCUUCUCCCUGGCCUUCUCCUGCCUGCUGGCUCGCUGCCUUGCUCUGCUGGGCUUGGCUGCUGCCCAGGGCUGGGGGGAGCCUGCCCUGGCCCUCGGGCUCUUCACCGUGCAGGUUAUUAUCUCUACCGAGUGGCUGAUCCUCGUUUUGGUCCGGGACAAUAAACCUUGCGAGUACAGCCAGGGGGACUUUGUCAUGCUGCAGAUCUACGUGCUGUGCCUCCUGGCUAUCAGCUUGAUCCUCUCCCUGCACUUCCUGUGCCGCUCCUGCUUCACAUACAGCUACAGCUACACAGGGCAGACCCACCAGCAGGCGAAGGUGCAGGCCAUGCUGCUCUGCCUCACACUGCUGCUCUCCGCCUGCAUCUGGGUGGUGUGGAUAACUAUGCUCAUCAAGGGAAACCCUGAGGUGGGCCGCCGGCCGCAAUGGGAUGACCCGGUGCUUAGCAUCGCUUUGGUGGCAAAUGGCUGGGUGUUACUGAUGGGGCAUGGGUUGUCCCAGGUCGCCAUCCUCUGCAGGGGGGCGGCAAAAUCCAAGGAUGUCCCUCUGAACUUCGCAGGCUGGACCAGCCCCAGUGCUAAUAUCCCAGGACUGAACAGCCCAAAGGAAGGGAAAGAAAACGGAAGCUUUGAGAGUGAUGAUGAGAACAGGAAAGGCAAGAGAACCGCGAAAACGCUGCGAUCGCCCUACGAGUCUGGAUUCUCCAUGACAGAAAUCGACACUGACAAAGCUUUCACCAUCCCUCGCCCUCAGACCACCAACUACAGGGAACCCUAUGAUGAAUAUUACGGACAUGAUUAAAAUCACACUCUCUGGGUCACACACACACACACACGUCUUAGUGGGGGUCUGUCAUUGAAGUAAUGCAUCCCCUUGCCCCUUAACCAUUACAUCUACUUACAACCAUCACCCUAACGCUAAAACCAAGUCUCAACCCUCACACAGGCUUUCAAACUUGUGGGGUUCACCAUUUUUUGGACCCCAUGAAUGUAGUAAAACAAGCCAAUAUAAACUGAUGAUGAGCCAACUCAAAUGCACUAUUCUGUAUCUAAAGCACAAUGUUUUUCUAUGUUUAACUUUCCUGUGAUAAUGUAAAUAUAUUUGUUUAGAACUGUUUUUAAAUCUGCCAUUAGGAUGUAAAACCCUCUGUCCAAAACAGAAGAAAGAAGGAAAGACUCAGCAGCAUGACUCCUCUGCUUGAGUUUCAUCAUCUAGAUGGUGAUGGGUUUUACUUAGUCCAGCUUUCUUCUGGCGGGAAAUCCACAUCACAAAUGUAUAGUGGAAGUGAGUCUCUAUGGCGGUGUGUGUGUGUACAUUGUGUGCUACUCUGAAAUGGUAUACAAUAGCCCUGAGGUGAUAGAAGAGGCGUGAAACUGUCGCUCUGAAGGUGCCAAAGUGCAGAGGUGUCUCUGAACGGUA